AUGUCCAACCUGACGCAGCAGGCACCGGUGCUAGAGUCGGAUGGCACCGGCGCGCUCGCCGACGCUCGGAGGUCCCUGCAUCAGAGGCGAUCCACCUCGUUUGAUGUGAUCGAGGACUCCUGCGGCGCCGCCAGCGACGGCGCGCCCGGGCGCGUGAUGCGUGCCGUUCGGCGCAGCGAGAUGCAGAUCGGCGGCAGCGCCUUGGAACCACGCAGCGGGUCGGCCGAGCCGCGCAGCGCGCCGGACGAGCCUAGGCCGGCGCAGCGGGGCACGCCGGCGCGCCGGCGGCGCGUCGAGCGCGUGCGGUCGGCGCUGGACCCCCGGAAGCUGCCUCAGCGCGUGCGCGACUUGUCGACUGAGGUGAUGUGCCUGCAGCCGCUCAGGUCGCUCGUGGAGAGGCAGGUGCGCCCAGCUGCGCGGCGCGCCCCAAUCCAGUCCGGGGCGCCGGGCGGGGCACCCGGCGCUGCGAGCAGCCAAAGGGUUGGCGCGACGCGUGCGGUGCAGCAGCAGCAGCAGCAGCAGCAGCAGCAGCAAGGGGGCCUGCAUGCUCUGUUGGCG